AUGAGUAGCAAGGACCGAGGUCCACCCAAAAAACAGGACUCUCGCCUGGGUACGAGAAAGGUCUCUCAGCUAUCUGCUGAGCAACUAGAAAGAAAGCGUGCCAAUGACCGCGAAGCACAAAGGUCGAUUCGACAGCGAACAAAAGGGCGUAUCGAACAAUUGGAAAAUGAGGUCUCAGCCUUGCAGAUCCAGAUCGCCGAGAUGCGUCCCCGCAGUGAUCGGUACGAUGAUCUACUCCAGCAAAACAACAUUCUAGAGGACGAAGUUGGUCACUUGAAACGACAGCUGGCCACUGUCACUGGACGUGCGGAGUUUGCUGAUAGCGACGAGAGCGCAGGCUCCUAUCAAGGUCAAUGGCAAGCAGAGGAGAGGCCUAGUCAUGUCACGAAUAUGGGUCCGUCAACUACAGCCAUGCUAUCCCCUCAUAUUGGAUCGCCUCACCCAUCAUUGACGGUUCCUGGAGCAUCUUCAGCCGCACCACCUUCGAAUCAGCCCUCUCAUACCCAGGAAUGGCAGCGAUACGCCACACGUUCACCACAUCUGAACGAGGCAGCCGAUCCAGAAUUUUCGAACAGCAUGUAUCCGUAUUCGAUGGGCGGACAGAUGCAUCAGAGCUCCGACCUUCGCGUGGCUGGCCCCCCACUUGCAUUCGGGACGGGCAGUGUAGACCAGUCCGCAAAUCAGUUUCCCUCUCCACAUCGGUCUAUACCGAUCGCAAUACCCGGUGGCAUCUCAGAUCAGCCAGGACGUUCUCAGCCCUAUCAGCAACCGGGGCCACCAUUUCAGGAGCCAUCAUCGCAAACAGACCCGGCCUACCCCUAUCAAUGGCCUUCGCACUGA